GUUGGACGCGGAGGCGCGCGGCGGCGCGGUUUGCCAGGGCGGAGGAGCAGCUGCUCGGCGGAGUCCCCGGCAGAAUGGGUAAGAAGAUAAAGAAGGAAGUAGAACCUCCUCCUAAGGAUGUGGUAUCUCUUGGGUAUAUAUCUACAAAAAGACAUGCACAAGAAGAUUCACUGAAACUUGAUUCCUAGUAGGCUCAAACUGGAAGUAGCCCAAAGUGGUAUAUUCACACAAUGGAAUACUGUGUAGCCGUAAAAAGUGUGACUUACUAACACAACCAACAAUGAGUAUGAAUCAUAAAGACCUAUGACAAGUGGAAGGAGCCAGACAGGAAAGAAAUUUGAUCCAUUAACAAUUGAAAGCAAAAAAGCAGCCACCGUGGUGUUAAUGCUUAAUUCUCCAGAAGAAGAAAUUUUGGCUAAAGCGUGCGAGGCCAUUUAUAGGUUUGCUUUAAAAGGUGAGGAAAACAAAGCAACCCUCCUUGAACUCGGAGCUGUGGAACCUUUGACUAAACUUCUCACCCAUGAAGACAAAAUUGUAAGAAGAAAUGCCACCAUGAUAUUUGGAAUCCUGGCUUCUAAUAAUGAUGUUAAAAAAUUGCUAAGGGAGUUAGAUGUCAUGAACUCGGUCAUUGCCCAGCUCGCUCCAGAAGAGGAAGUAGUCAUCCACGAGUUUGCGAGUCUCUGCCUGGCCAACAUGUCUGCAGAGUACACCAGCAAAGUGCAAAUCUUUGCCCAGGGCGGGCUGGAGCCACUCAUCCGUCUCCUGGGCAGCUCCGACCCCGACGUAAAGAAGAAUUCCAUCGAGUGCAUCUACAACCUGGCCCAGGAUUUUCAGUGUCGAACUGCACUUCAAGAACUAAAUGCAAUCCCUCCCAUCUUAGAUCUCCUGAAGUCAGAGUACCCAAUAAUUCAGCUGUUGGCGCUCAAAACCCUGGGUGUUGUUACAAAUGACAAGGAGUCCCAAGCAAUGCUAAGAGAGAAUCAAGGAUUGGACCAUCUUAUUAAGAUCCUAGAAACGAAGGAACUGAAUGACCUUCAUAUAGAAGCUCUUUUGGUGAUAGCCAAUUGCCUUGAAGAUAUGGAUACUAUGGUUUUGAUUCAGCAGACGGGGGGUCUUAAAAAGCUCCUGUCGUUUGCAGAAAACUCUACAAUUCCUGAUAUCCAGAAGAAUGCAGCAAAAGCAAUUACUAAAGCAGCUUAUGAUCCUGAAAACAGAAAACUUUUUCAUGAACAAGAGGUUGAAAAAUGCCUUGUAGCCCUUUUGGGUUCUGAAAAUGAUGGAACUAAAAUCGCUGCCUCCCAGGCUAUCUCAGUCAUGUGUGAGAAUUCAAGCAGCAAGGAUGUUUUCAAUAAUCAGGGGAUUCCCCAGUUAAUUCAGCUGCUGAAGAGUGACAACGAGGAGGUGAGGGAGGCCGGGGCUCUCGCCCUCGCGAACCUGACCACCUGCAAUCCCGCCAACGCCAGGGCCACCGCCGAGGCGGACGGCAUCGGUCCGCUGAUAAACACCCUGUCCAGCAAACGAGACGGAGCCGUGGCGAACGCGGCCACGGUGCUCACCAACCUGGCCCUGCAGGAGCCACUGCGCGGGAGCCUGCAGAGCCACGACCUGCUGCGCGCCGUCAUCGGGCUGCUGCGCUCCGCCAACGCCGCCGUGCAGGGCCGCGCUGCACUCGCCGUGGCUGCCACCGCCUGCGACGUGGGCGCGCGCGCGGAGCUAAGAGCUGCAGGCGGCCUGGAGCCCCUGGUGGACCUCCUGCACUCGAAGAACGAUGACGUCCAGAGGCACGCCAGCUGGGCUGUGAUGGUCUGUGCCAGUGACGAGCUCGUGGCAGUGGAGCUGUGCCGCCUCGGGGCUUUGGACAUCCUUGAGGAAAUUAAUUUAUCAGUAAGUCGAAAAAAUAAAUACAGUGAGGCAGCUUACAACAAACUUCUCAACAGCAAUCUCUCCCUGAAAUACAGCCAGACUGGCUAUUUGUCAUCAAGUAACAUAAUUACUGAUGGAUUCUAUGAUUAUGGCCGGAUUAAUCCCGGCACCAAACUUUUGCCUUUGAAGGAGCUCUCCUUACAAGAACCAAGUGAUCUACGUGCAGUACUCUUAAUUAACAGUAAAUGUGACGUCUCUCCACCACCUUCCAUGGAAGAUAGAUCAUCAGAUACUGGUUAUGGACGAAGUAUUUCUUCUUCAUCUUCCUUAAGAAGAAUGAGUAGAGAAAAAGCCAAUGCUGGAUUUGCAUCUCCCACCGAAGAGAAAUCAGAACCUACUUCUGGACGAAAUACUGUUCUUAGCAAAAGUGCCACGAAAGAAAAAGGAUCAAGAAAAGGCAGGGGAAAAAAAGAAGAGGAAAAAGUGAAGGAGGAGGAAGAAGUUAUGUUGAUUCCAAAAGUGAUUGGAGAAGGAAGUCUCAAAAAGGAAUGGUGCCCUCCUGCUGAUCCCAAGUUCUCUCUCUACGUGUAUGAAGUGACCAGAACAAUCCUGCCGAUAACCAAUAUUAAGGAACAGACUGUGGCUCUUGCAAAGUAUGUGGCAGAAAAAAUGGGUGGCCCAAUUGCCAAAGAUAAGCUACACGAAUUCAGCUGGGAACUUCACAUAAGUGAACUAAAAUUUCAGCUUAAAUCCAAUGUUGUACCGAUUGGACAGAUCAAAAAAGGAAUCUUCUAUCAUCGAGCUUUGCUUUUCAAGGCUCUGGCAGAUAGAGUUGGCAUCGGCUGCUCUCUAGCCCGGGGCGAGUAUGGCAGAGCGUGGAACGAAGUCAGGCUGAUGGGCAAAUCUCGUAAGGGCAUGACUGGGUGUCUGCCUCCCCCCGAGGUGUACAUCGUGGACCUCAUGUUCCAUCCCGGUGAACUGAUGAAGUUGAAAAGCAGGGAGGCAGAACUCUACAGAUUCCUAUAAACCAUCAAAGGAACACAACAGGGAUGCAAAGAAGAAAUUCAUUAUGUUCACUUUCCAUCAAUUGUUGUAUUUCUUUAAAUAAAAGUAUUUGAAAUGUUC